AUAAAGCUUCCGCAUUUUGAAUCAUCAUGGCAGCCGGUAAAGCGUCCUUGGUGGCGCUUGGACUUCAGUUCUGUGUGAAAAAUAAGCUUCUGUUGAAUUCAGCGUUGCCUGGUAUUGUCAGCUGUAUUAAAAGAGGUCUUGCCACAAGUGUGUUGUCUCAGACUGUUGAAGUUCCCAGUGCCACAACCUCUCCAAGCCGCAGUUUUGGAGGACCGUUGGAACAUUACAACAGUCUCAUUCGAGAUGGACAGUUACGAGAAGAUCUGCAGCAGAGAGCUGCUUUGGAAACACUGGAUCAGAUGCAAAAGGAUAUUCGAGGGUACAGCAACGAACACUCAACGCUUUUCUCAAAGUUCUUCUCCAAGAGAAAGCCACCGAAAGGUUAUUACAUAUAUGGAGAUGUUGGCACAGGGAAAACUAUGGUUAUGGACAUGUUUUAUGAUCAUGUAGAGACAGCGAAGAAAAAAAGGGUCCAUUUUCAUGGAUUCAUGUUGGAUGUACAUAAACGAAUCCAUCGGCUCAAGCAAAGUUUGCCCAAGAGAAAAGUGGGUAAAAUGGCGAAGGCGUACGAUCCUAUUGCACCGGUUGCUGAAGAAAUCAGCGAGGAGGCCUGCCUUCUGUGUUUUGAUGAGUUUCAGGUCACUGACAUUGCAGAUGCCAUGAUUCUUAAGCAGCUCUUUGAGAACCUCUUCUUGAAUGGGGUUGUAGUUGUAGCCACGUCUAACCGGCCUCCAGAUGAUCUGUACAAAAAUGGAUUACAGAGGGUGAACUUUGUGCCUUUCAUCGCUGUGCUAAAGGAGUAUUGCCAAACACUACGUCUGGAUUCUGGAAUAGAUUAUCGGAGAAGAAAUCGCCCUGCAGCUGGAAAACUCUUCUACCUUUCCAGUGAACCUGAUGUUGAUGCAACACUCGAUAAGCUGUUCGAUGAGAUGGCCUUCAAACAGAAUGACAUUACUCGGCCCAGAUCUCUAAAGGUACAUGGCAGGAUACUGACACUUGCUAAAGCAUGUGGGACCAUAGCAGACUGCACUUUUGAGGAGCUGUGUGAUCGACCUGUAGGAGCCAGCGACUACCUGGAGAUCUCUGCUGUGUUUGACACAGUUUUCAUCCGAAACAUUCCUUUGCUCACUUUGAACAAGAAGACGCAAGCCAGACGCUUCAUAACUCUCAUUGAUGCACUAUAUGAGCACAAGGUUCGAGUCGUGCUGCAGGCCGAAGCUCUGUUAGAUGAGCUGUUUGUUCAUGAACAUCACGACCAUCACGACCAUCACGACACUCAUGUUUUAUUGGAUGAUCUGGGCAUUUCAAGGGAUGCAGGCAGCUCACUGGCGAUCUUUACAGGAGAAGAGGAGGUGUUUGCCUUCCAGAGGACAGUAUCUCGCCUUACCGAGAUGCAAACAGAGGAGUACUGGGUUGCAGGAGAUCGGAGCUCUAAGUAGCUUUUAUCAUUACUAACUCCAUAUACAGCAGCCAUCUCAACUAUCAUAAGACUCAGCCUCUCAUGAGGUCUUGGGAUCAACUCCAUUUUGAUUUGGUGAUGACUGUAUUUUAAUCAGAACUGUAUGGCAUAGUGCUGCACUUUAUAAACGCACAUGCAAAUAUGACUAGCCUCUUUUUGAGGUUUGGUCUUGAAAGAUGGGCAGGUUUGUUGAAAAUAUUUGGAUGUGGAUCUGCUAAAGAUAUGUUUUGAAAUCAGGCUGCCUUUCUGAUUAUAAAAAUGGAAUUUGUGGAAUAUUUUAUUGACAACCUAUAUUUGUCAGACAGCUGAUAUGCAACCUAUUUAAGAUCGUUUGCA